CGCCGCGCUCUGCUUCGGAUGGUCGGUGUUCAUGACCGUCGAGUUCCUGACGCGCGACCUCCCCGACGCAUCUACUGGCCGCCUGGCACGCGCCGAGCGGGCCGCGUCCUUUGGCGCAGACGUGGAGAAGAUGAUCGCGCGACAGGUUGAGGAGCGGGUGGCGAAGGAGAUGGCCGCGCUGAAGACGAACGGUGACGCCAACCCGGGUGAUCCCGGGGUCCCGCGGAAGGGGGGCGUCUUCGGCACCGUGCACGACGUGGUCCAGGCGGGCGGCGCCCUCAGAGCCGCCGCGGAGGAGGGCGAACGAAAAGUUGCGGAGCGCAUGGCGAAAAUCACGGGGCGCGAAAGCAAGCAGCCCUCCGAGCCGGACCUGGGCGAAUCGGCAACGCGCACGGUUCCGCGCGCGCCGGACCUUGCCAACGCCGCGUCCGACGAUCCGGAGGAGGCGUUCCUCAAGUCCACGACGCCCCUGCCCAGGUCCCUGUACGGGAGACUGAACCAGCUCACCGACCUGCCGGGCUUCCCCGCGUCGCCGCCGCUCGUCCUGAGCAAUCACGAACCCAAGGCGUACAUGUUCCGCAACUUCCUCACGCCCCACGAGUGCGAGCACCUGAUGCAACUGGCGAAGAAGCAGCUCGCGCCGAGCACCGUGGUGGGGGACAAGGGCAGCGGCUCGAUGGUGUCCAAGAUUCGAACCAGCGCGGGGAUGUUCCUCGGUCGGGGGCAGGACCCCACCGUUCGAGCCAUCGAGGAGCGCAUCGCCGCGGCGUCGGGGCUGCCCGAACCCAACGGCGAGGGUUUACAGAUCUUGAGGUACGAGAACGGGCAGAAGUACGACCCGCACUUCGACUACUUCCACGACCAGGUCAACUCGUCGCCGAGGAGGGGCGGGCAGCGCAUGGCCACGAUGCUCAUCUACCUGGAGGACACGACGGAGGGCGGCGAGACCAUCUUUCCCAACGGCGUCAGGCCCGAGGACUGGGACGCGGACGAGCCGGGUAACCACAACAGCUGGAGCGACUGCGCCAAGAAGGGCAUCCCGGUCAAGUCGCACAGGGGCGACGCGGUGCUGUUCUGGUCGCUGAAGGAGGAUUACACCCUGGACAACGGGAGCCUGCACGGCGCCUGUCCGGUGAUCGCAGGGGAGAAGUGGACGGCGGUCAAGUGGAUACGGGUGGCAAAGUUCGACGGGGGUUUCACGGACCCGCUGCCCAUGCCCGCGCUCGCGAGGAGCGACAGGACAAAGGGCGAGUGCCUGGACGAGUGGGACGAGUGCGGCGAGUGGGCCAAGAAGGGGUGGUGCGAUCGCAACCCCUCGUUCAUGACGGGCCUGGAGGGCGCGAGGGACUCCCGGGGGCCCGCCUGUCCGCAGUCGUGCGACGCGUCUUGCGUCUGAUGAUCGGCGAAUACGUACGAUUAGUGCUACCGUACCUACCACCCUGUUGUUACGAACACGCUAUUUGUCGUAA